CUGUCCAGACGUAUAAAUACGGAUGAGAAAGUGUGGACCGUCAGACGCUGCAGCCUCCAGAGAAGAUGGACGCAGGACGCUGGAUGCAGACUCUGACCCUCCUGCUGGUUUUUAUCAGCGUGAAUGCAGCAGCACGAGGACCACUGGGACCAUGCCUGAUGUAUGCCCGCGACCUCUGGAUGCCAGGCCACAGAGGGGAGCACGGAGACAUGUGGGGCCACGGAUCAGGGAACAGAGGGGGUCACGGAGGCAUGUCGGGCCACGGGAACAUGUCGGGCCAUGGGGGCAUGUCGGGCCACGGGAACAUGUCGGGCCACGGGAACAUGUCAGGCCAUGGGGGCAUGUCGGGAGGUAAUUCAACAAGGCCACCAAUGACAGCUUGGCCACCAAUGACAGCUUGGCCACCAAUGACAGCUUGGCCAUCAAUGAAAUUCCAUGGAGUCAAAAUUCAGGUCCGUGAGACAAAGGAUUGUGUGACCGAUAAAGAGUGUCAAAAAGUCCUCAGCAAGCCGUGUAAAAAAUGGAUGGAUUGCGACCUGUUCGUCACUCCCUGCGCACGCAUGUACAAAAGCCAGCGAGUGUCCAACACAAGCCAUGACCGUGCGGUCGAGCACAACCCCACCUUCACCAUCUGCCUCGUCGGGAAGUUGAUGACCGAUCAUCACUGGUGGGGGGUGCUGAAGGUGGUUCAAGAAGAGGUGAUCGAGUGCGGCAUCCGUCAUCACAUGAUCAUGGACAAAUGUCCCGUGGACGCAGACAGGCACAUCAUGCAUGUCCUGGACAUGAUCAGGUCUCAUGAUGACGAUGACGAUGAUGAUGAUGAUGAUGAUUCCUGGUUCAAAAACGGCUCUGGCGCGCUCCACGGCUCCACCCUCAGCCUGCUCUCUGCCUGCAUCUUUUACCUGUUCGCUUGAUGGCAGGAGAAAUGAGCGGCCGCCACGUCGGUCGCUCGCAUGUAAGCCGAUCCUCAGCGAGGCCGUGUGAUUGGCCCGAUGAUGAAAUCUUUCCACUAAGGCCUUUAUGGGUGAAGGGCUUCAUUUUCCCAUGUAACCAAACAUGCUGCUGAAAACACAAAUGUGUGUACCAUCUAAAUGAAUGAAUGAAUAAAGACGGAAAUAUUG